AUGAAAAAUCACAAAGGACAGAUUCGGGCUGUCGCUUUUUCGCCUGACGGACAUUGGCUGAUUAGUGGCUCAGACGAUGGAACUUUUGAGGUAUGGGACACGAGGACCCAUCGAAAGGUCAUGGGGCCGUGGGUGGGCCACGUCAACGCCGUUCGAGCUGUGCAGUACUCGCUGGAUGGCAGACUCAUUGCAAGUGGAGGUGAUGACAAUUUUCUCAGGAUUUGGACUCCACGCUUUGGUACCUGCGUCGCAACAAUUGAGCACCCCAAACCCAUAAACUUCCUUUCUUUCUCACCUGAUCGGAAUCACGUCGCGACCGCGUGCGAUGACUGGCUCGUUCGUGUCUAUGACCUGGAAACGCACAAGCUCGUUAGCACGCUCGACGGACACCUAGGCCGCGUUCGAUGCGUUCAGUACUCUCCGUGUGGCGCCUUCAUUGCUAGCGUCUCUACUGAUCACACCAUCCGGGUCUGGGACGCCCUCACAGGAGCUCUGGUCACUGAACCUCUCCGUGGUCACAGGUCGUUUGUCUCCAGUGUAUCAUUCUCUUGCGACAGCCAACAUCUGAUCAGCUCCUCCUACGACCAGUCCAUUCGAAUUUGGAACGUCAUGUCAGGGGUUUGUGUCAUGGGACCGAUGUACGGGCACAACGAGACAGUCAAUGCCGUAGUGUACGAAAUUGGCUGCGUACAAUUUUCGAGGGAUGGCUCUAAAUUCCUUAGUGCGUCGAAUGAUGGAACAGUCCGUGUCUGGAAGGUCGGAACAUGGGAGUUUCUUCACUCCUUUGAUCACGCGGGAACUGGGGUCAACGCCACAGCAUUCUCGCCAAAUGGAUCCUCGGUUUUGACUGGAGACGUCGAUGGUGAUUUACGUUUAUGGGACGCGAACGCAGGGCAGAUGAUUAGGCUAUCGAAGGCGAGCUUUUAG